AUGACCAUCACUAGACUAUAUAAUCUAAGGAGUCUCGUUGUUGAAGAGACUCCUCUGACUCAUGUACCGAAGGGAAUCGGGAAAUUGAUAAAUAUUAACAUACUCCAAGGAUUUGUGAUCGGUCAUGACAAUCCGACGAACGAGGUGGACGAGACCGGGUGUGGAUUAGAGGAGCUGCAACCUCUUUCCAAGCUAAGAUAUCUGAGUAUAUACAGGCUAGAGAGGGCAGUGACGGCAGCGUCGGCACUAGCGGAGAAACGUUCUCUUAGGGAACUAAUUUUAAGUUGGAUGCCACCAGAAGAUGGGGAAGAUGGAGAUGCCACCGAUAGUGGUGAGGAUAGAAGAGCAACAACAUGGAGAAAAGAGGAGCAAAUCCAGAUGGGAGCCGAGAAGAUAUGUAAUGAACUCUCUCCUCCUUCAAGCUUACGAACUCUUGUCAUCGUACGAUUCCCGGGUCGACAAUUCCCAAACUGGAUGAUGUCGUCCUCCCUGGGCGAAUCACUCCCUAACCUGCAAUACUUGUAUCUUUCGGUGUUCCCAUCAUGCGCAGAGCUCCCUCCUCUGGGCAUGCUGCCCCUGCUGAAAUAUCUUAAGAUCAUAGGAGCCAAAGCGGUCAUGACCAUUGGGCCUGAGUUUCUCGGCCACAGUUUCCCGGGAACUUGUGCAUUUCCCAAACUUGAGUAUUUGGAGAUCAACGACAUGCCCAACUGGGAAGAAUGGUCACUAUGCGGUGUGGAGGAAGGUGGUCACAGAACACACCUGAAGCUGUUUCCCAAUCUAAAGGAAUGUUGUCUCGUAGACUGUCCCAAACUGAGAGCUCUUCCAGAAGGCCUAUCCCACGCUACCAACUUGAAGGAAUUGCACAUCUGGGGAGCUCACAACUUGAGAGAAGUAACAAAGCUCCGCUUGAGUUACAACCUGUCUGUCACAGAUAACAAGAUGCUGAACAGAAUAUCCGACGUUGCCAUGAAGUAUCUGGAGGUGGAGGAUUGCCCCAAUCUAGAGUGCGUGGAUAAUCUCGACAAGCUGCAGCACCUGGUCCUGACAUGUCCGGAACAUAUGGAUCAGCUUCCCCCGUGGUUAUCCCGCUUAAUUGAUCAACAGCGCCCUAAUUCUGCACAAUGGGGCUUCCGCAAACUUGAAGUGCACUGCAACAUAGUGCUGCUAAGGAGCUGUCUCGAGGGCAACGAGCAUUGGAACAUCAUCCAACGGAUUCCAGAUGUCAAAUUUCAAACUGAUUCCGAAGAAUACAUGCGAUACAUCAAGGAUCCAUAUAAGUAUGACACAAAUGUACCUCCAGAAUAA